AGCUAUUUUGUUAUGUUUGAAAAAAUUGGAAUUUGAUAAAAUGGCAGAAGAACUUAGUAUUGUUUAUUUCCGAAACUUGUUGGAAAAAAAUAAAGCAGAACUUAAAAGUUACUGUGAAGAUUGGAAAAAGCGUAGUAAUGACUCGGAUGUUCCAGAAAUAGUCUGUGAUGAAAUUCGUACUACCAUUGGAUUGACAAACCUGCUUUUACAACAAAAAUUAAAACAAUUUGCUGGCCUUAUUGAUGAUUCUGAAUUUAAAAGAGGUGAAAAAGAGAUAACUUGCUUGGAUCUACAAGGCUUUUGGGAUAUGGUUUACAACGAAGUAGAAAAAAUACAGAAAAGAUUCCAGAGCUUGGAAAAAUGCCAACAAAAUAACUGGGUAUUUGUUGAAGAAUCCAUUGCCAAAAAGGAAUUUAAAAAAAAACUACCACUUACAAAUACAGUGAAAAUAGCCACAGACUCUAAGGCACGUGCUUUAGCUGCUCGUCAGCGACUUGCUGAGGCAAAAUUGAAAAUGAAGGCACAGAUGCUAAAGAAAUCUGAAGAUUCAACAAAUCUACAAAUUUUGAGUUCACUGAAAGAAAAUGUACCUCAACAAAAAGUUGAAGAGGAUCAGAAAGUUGAAGAAAUUUCAGAAACUUCCGCAGAAUCUAAUAUUGUUGUUCAGGAUAGAUCUCCACUAAAACGUACAUUGAAAAAUAUAAGGAACUUACACUUAUCUGAACAAGAUGAUUUAUCUAUUAAAUCUGAAAUACCAUCUAAAAAAUUGGCCUCCAGAGAAAUGAUUAAAGGGCGUAGUAAAAAACAAAAGUCUUCAGAAAAGGAAAACCUUGUCAAAAAUAAGGAAGAUUGCAUUGCCCCAAAGAUGCAGAAAAGUUCAGAUGAAAGACCUCUUGAUAUUAAUUUGCAAAGUAAAAAGGGAAACAAAAAAGAAGUUAUUCCUCUUCAGUGUGUUACAAGAUCUGCCAAAAGAGCUAUGUUGGCCAACAAAAUGCAAUAAAGAACUAAGUGUCAGUGCCAAAUUCAAUUAUCAUUUUCAAGUACAAAUUGCUGAAAUUUAUGAAUAUCUUUUUAUCUUGCUUUGUACACUCAUAAGCCAUUUUUAGACUGUUUUUGUAUGAUAUUACUAAAUAUUUUUUAUGAGGUAAUAUAUAUUAACAUGUACUCUUUGUGUGGUUAUUUUUAUAAUAUAUAUAUAAAUGAUAAUAAAAU